AUGGAAAACCCAUUCCUGCGUUCAGGGCUUGCGCUGGCAGGUGCUCGAGCCUGGCAAGAGGUUGAAGGAAAUUCCACUGAAGACGCGGCAUCAGGAAUUUUCACAGCGCAGGAUGCACGCGGGCUCGACCUGAGAGGAACACGCCUUGUGGUACUGUCCGCUUGUGAAACAGGCCUCGGUGACACACCUUGCGGUCAAGGCGUGCAAGGCUUGGCAUCGGCAUGCUUGGCUGCGGGAGCCCGCUGCGUGAUCAUGAGUCUGUGGAAGGUUCCAGAUACCGACACACAAGCGCUCAUGAAAGCGUUUUAUGGAGGUCUUCGCUGUGGGAAAUCGAUUGCAUGCGCCCUGCAAGCUGCGCAGAGAGAGCUUCGACAGCCUGCAAGCUAUUCUCGUUGGGGAGCCUUCGUGAUCCUGGGCUGGCCCUUUGAUUCACCGCUUGCUGAUCUGUAG